GAUAUUAAUGAAUGUGUGACUAACGCCCAUAACUGUGAUGCCAAUGCUUUCUGCAAUAACACUCAGGGGUUUUAUAACUGCACAUGCAGCCCUGGAUACACUGGAAAUGGAACAUCAUGCAACGGUUAUUUUCAAAAUUUUUUGUUUGUUUGUUUGUUUUGUUUUUUAUUCACUUUCGUUUUAAACUUACCGUAGGUUAAAAUCACCAACUUGUAUGAUUUGUGUUUUGGGGGGAAAAGGUUGUUUAUUGCCUUGGUAUUGUCUUCUUUCAACUAAAAAUGAAGAAGGAAAUUAGAAGAAAUCAAUGCCACAACCCAAGAAACAGUUAUCCACAAACGUCAUUUAAACUGAAAAUGUCGAAAAUCGGGCCUUUUUUAGCGCAGAAUGAGCUUGCCUAUCUGUUUUUCUAACCCUCAUUUAUGUAUUUGAUUUCAGCCUUUUCCUCCUUCACAACCGACGGACGCAUCGGAAAUCAUGGCAUUAUUCAAAAUUUUUCAGUUCCGAAGACCAGUGUGUAUCUGGUAAAAGCCUGGGGUGCUCGAGGAGGAACACAUGCACCAACCUAUGGAAUAACCCCGGGGACAUAUCACGGUGGCAGAGGGGCAAUUAAGGAAGGCAUGUUUCGUUUGAAUGAGAGCACUGUACUGAAUAUUGUGGUGGGACAAAAAGGUGGAGAUUCAGUGCAGGUUCAAGGAGGAAAUUCCACUAACUUGACAGCCGCUCAGCUGGGACUGUCUGUAGAGGAUAAUGCUGGUACUGGGGGAGGGGGAGGGAGCUUUGUUUAUAAGACAAGUCAUGUUCUUUUGUUAGCCGCCGGAGGGGGAGGGGGUGCAUCCAAUGGUUAUAACGGGGUGGAUGAAACAGGCAUGUAG